ACCAAAUUGAAUUUUGCAGGGCGAUGAUCAUUAAAGAGUUUCGCAUAAUACUGCCUUUAACGGUAGAUGAAUACCAUGUUGGACAACUGUGGGCUGUUGCAGAGGCAUCCAAAAAUGAAACUGGAGGCGGAGAGGGAAUAGAGGUUCUGGUAAAUGAACCAUUUAAUCCUCAAGUCAAUCCUCCUGAGUCACCUUUAAAAGCCAACGGUGAAGAAUUCUCCUCUGGCCAGUACACUCAUAAACGCUUUUAUCUGGCCAGAAAAGUACCUGGUUAUGUACGUUUGCUUGCGCCGAAAGGGUCACUUGAAAUUGACGAAAAGGCCUGGAAUGCUUACCCUUACUGUCGUACAGUUUUACAGAACCCUAAAUAUAUGCAAGAUAACUUUACUCUGAUGAUUGAGUCUAUGCAUGUACAAGAUAACGUUAAUAUCGAAAAUAUUCACAACCUUCCACCAAAGCUCUUGGCUCAACGAGAAGUUAUUUAUAUUGAUAUUGUAAAUGAUCAAUUGCACAGUGCUUCUGACUAUGAUGCAACAUGUGACCCUAGAAUAUAUCAGUCAGUAAAAACUGGUCGAGGUCCAUUAGUAGGCCCAAGAUGGUGGGAAGUUAGUAUAUUCACAUCUUCAUUUAUCUUAUUUAAAUAAAUUGAUUAGAAUACAGAUCUACCAAUAAUGUGCGCCUACAAACUUGUCACAUGUGAAUUUAAAUGGUGGGGUAUUCAAAGCCGAGUUGAAAAUAUGAUACAGAAUCAAGAAAGGCGAAUUUUCCUUAACUUCAACCGUCAGGUUUUUUGUUGGCUUGAUAAAUGGCACGGACUUUCUAUGGACGAUAUAAGAGCUAUAGAAAAUAAAACUAAAGAAGAAUUGGAUGAACAACGCCUUGUCGGUAGUGUUCGUGGCACUGUGGCUCAUGACUAAAAUACUAGCAUUAAUUCAAAGUGAUAAUUUGCUGAUUUAAGCGGAUUGCACACUAAUAUAUAUAUAUAUAUAUAUA